CACGAGUAUCGGAGUAUGCAUGUCAAAUGAAAUAUUGUCAAAUCAUUUGGAUGCAAACUUCCUUCCAGUAUAUGAAGACAAAAAAAUACAGUAUUUCCUACCUAUAUCCUUGUAUAAAUAAUGUCAAAUAUAACGUGCCACAGUUUGGCUCAUCUCACGAACGAAAUUUUUUGCAAUGGUGUCAAAUAUUGCCUUCAGAAAGGGGAAAAAGUCCACUGCAACAAUGAAGUGUUCGAAAUUCCUGAGUCCCCCUUGAAUUAUCACGAUAAAAUGUUUUGGGUUUAUUUAGGAGUUUACGUUGGUCUAGUCUUGUUUGCUGGUAAGUUAUCGCAGUAUUUUACUAUUUUCAUAAAUUUUAUAUAGUUAUAUUGUUGUGUUUACGUAAUAAUAUGUAUUGUUACUGUUGUAUAAUAUGUUCAGCAUGUUCCAAUCAUUAACACAUUAUUAUUAACUGUUUUAUAUUAACUAUAUUUAGAAUAUUUAUUAAAAGGGAUCCAGUAUGCUACAAUAAACAGCCUGAGCCAUGGUUUGUGUCUGAACUACCUGUAAAAGUUUAAUAAUUGAAAAGUUUUAAAUUUUUUCUGAUGCUUUUAAAGGUCUUUAAAGACAGACCAGACCACUUAAUAUAGUUAAUAUAUUCAGUCUAUUGUCCAUGUUCAGGAACACCAGCUGGGUUAUUGUGUAUAUAAACAGCUUAAACAAUUAACUGUUUAUGGUCUUUCAAUCAUGCAUAAAGCAUCUAGAUUUUACCUAUCUAUAUCUGCGACCUCGAUUUUUGGAAUGUAAAAACAACAAAGUGCAUGAUAGCCGGCAGCCUUCUAUUUAGUGAACUGCCGGCAAUAUAGUGACUAUAGUUAACAUUGAAUAAAGCAUUAUACAAACUUAGAUAAUUCACUGCUUAGUUUGUCUUAAGGCCCGAUUCCACAAUUGAUGGCAAAAUUCUUUGCAAGAAAUUGUUUCUGUGAAAUAUAGAUGGUUGCACAUGAAUAAUCCUAUUGAAUUUAACAUUACACGCAAAACCUAAUGCAUCUUUACAGCAUGUAUGAUAGUUCAUUUCACGCAAGGAAAAAGCGCAUCUAGAAUCAGGCCCUGGAAUUGAAUGUAAAUAUUGAAAAGCUGGUCGACUAUUAUUAGCCAAAACCCAAGCAACUGCACAGUUGAUCGAAAAAAUUUGUCAGACCAUUUUUAAAGACAGACCAGGCUACUUAAUAUAGUUAAUAUAUUCAGUCUAUUGUCCAUGUUCAGUAACACCAGCUGGGUUAUUGUGUAUAUAAACAGCUUAAACAAUGAACUGUUUAUGGUCUUUCAAUCAUGCAUAAAGCAUCUAGAUAAUACCUGAUCUAUAUCUGCAACCUCAAUUUUUGGAAUGUAAAAACAACAAAGUGACUAUAUACAGCCGACAGCCUGCUAUUUAGUAAACUGCCGGCAAUAUAGUGACUUAAUAGUUAACAUUGAAUAUUUAUAAAAUGCCACUAAAUGUCUAAUAAACGAUUUGAGAUAAAGAAAACAUUGUCUGUCUGAUAUAAUUUUUUUGUGUGGAAAUGUGGAUCAUCCAUCAAGACGAACAAUGUAGGAAAGUUUGUCUAAAAGUAGACAAACUAUAGUUUGUCUAAAAGUGGACGAACUUAGACAGAUAAUUCACUGCAUAGUUUGUCUUAAGGAUCGAUUCCACGAUGGCAAAAUUCUUUGCAAGAAAUUGUUUCUGUGAAAUAUAUAUAUUAUAUGGUUGCACAUGAAUAUUAUAUUUGGUUUAUUGUCUAAUGAGUUCAAACAUUCUUAUUUGCCCAGGAGCAUAGUCAUGCAGCCCCAAACGGGUGGGGGUCUAAUCAGCCAGCCUGGAAAUUUUUUAUUUUUAGGAUCUGUGAAAUGCUAUAAUUAUGCAUCAGGGUUUUUUUCCAGGAUUUUCUCGUGGGUUCGUUUUUGCAGAGAAGAUUGAGUUUAGCUGAACAACUAGGGGUCUGGGGUGGCUGUCUCCUCCCCCCCCCCCCCUACCGGGAGGCUGAAACCUGUGCUUACUUUAGUGUAGUUGAGAUGUAAUGUGUUAAAGCAGGGGGCACUAAGGGACACGUCUAUAAACUGGUUAACAAUGGCGAAUGUGUUGUUUUUCUUGUGUUGUGAAAUGAUUUCCAGCCAUUUUUUACUUAAUUUUCGGGUUUUCAACUGAAAACUAAUUUGCACACAUCAUGAAUUUAACUUAAACAACUUCAUUUUACUGCACAGAAUUGUUUGAUGAGAAGAUUGAGUUUCAAAACUCAAUUCAAGAUUGAGUUUUUGGGCCCGACGGCCCUAAAAAAUCCCGGAAAAAAAACCUGUGCAUGCAUGUUAGACAUGUUUUAUGAUAAUCUGAAAGCCACAUAUGUGGUAGCAUAUUUAUAUCAUAGAUGAAAACAUUAAAAGGUUAGCCCCCCCCAGUUUCUCCUCAUGCAGUUUUGAAAGAAUUAAAAAAUUGGUCUUGAAGAUAACCUGCUCCCCCACAGUGGUUACACCUGUAUUUGCCUUAUCCAUCCAGUAUGGUAUCACACUGAAUAUUUUUUUUAAAUAGGUUUGAUGUCAGGGUUAACUAUGGGCUUGUUGUCUCUGGAUAUUCUCAGUUUAAAAGUCCUAGCCCGAGGUGGAAAACCAGACGAACAGAAACAUGCAGCAAAGAUCAUUCCGCUGGUUUCACAACAUCAUUUGUUGCUUGUUACGUUGCUUCUUGCAAAUGCUGUCGCUGUCGAAAGCAUGCCUUUGUGUUUGGAUCGAGUAUCUAAUCCUGUUGUUGCUAUUGUAGUGUCUGUCACAGCUGUGCUACUGUUUGGAGAGUACGUUGUUUGAAUUGUUUUAGCUUUAUUUAUAUUCAUUGGAUAGUAUACAUGAUUAGUUACAACUGUUCUGCAUGGAGGUCCAGUAAGAACCAUGAUUGCAUAUUUGGUUUAGUAUGCAGGAAGAAGCCAAAACUUAACUAACAUUAUUUACACUGGAUAAUGUUUUCUCAGUUCUAAAUUCUUCUUCCUAGAGGUCCAGUAAGGGUGGUAACCUAAACAUAACCUAUUUUAAUUAAACUGAAUAGCUUUGUCAGAGAAAUCAAGCAGUUGUAAACUGUUAUUUCUAAAAUUUCAGGCUUAGGUGUGUGUGUGGGGCAAAGAGGGAAAAAUUCCAGUGCAAGUAGAUCCCCAGAAAAAAACAUUGUGUGAGAUGAAACUCCCCCCCCCCCCAAAUCACUUUCUAAUUGUUGGCCUGUUAGUACCGUUAUUGUCUCCAGAGCCAUUUUCACUCAGUCCGUACCUUACUCGUUGAAAACUAGACUCUGGGUUAGAUGACUAAAGGGAGAAAUCUGAUUGGCUUCUUAGAGAACUGCUAUUUCCCAGAAGUUGAGCAGUUUUCACGUGGCAAAAUUAGUCUAGACUAUCAAAAUAUGUCAAUACAAAUACUUUCUUUCUUCGUAAUACUUCUCUCUGUGAAAAUUGUUACGGGUGCUAAUUAGUGACCCAAUUCAAGAGUAUGUACUUUAGAAACUACUGCAAGUUUUCUUGCACUUCAGUUUCCGUGUAUCCCAGGUCCUAUGAAGGUCGUGCGCGGCAGAGAGGCCCUGGGAAUGGGGAUGCGUUAAUACAGAAUGAAACUUAAACUGUUUCUAUUUUGCAGGGUUGUACCUCAAGCACUGUGUACCCGUUAUGGUCUGGCAAUAGGUGCAUUUUUUGCUCCGUAAGUAUCACAUUUUUGUAUUUUUAGCCUCAUGGAAUCAUAAAGCUUGUCAUGAAUACCAUAGUAGAAAAUUGAAGAAAACAUUCUGGGACCAUUCUCGCAUGCAAAUGAGGCG